AUGGCAUCUGGGCAGUUCGGUCUCGGCAUUCUUCGCGUAAAAACGGUCUUGGACAAUCCCAACAGCGUACACUACGGAAGCGAAUCAGUAGUGACCGGUCACGUUGCGCUGCAAUUCCUUCCAAAAGUCAGAAGCCACAGAGUUGAGCUGAAUGGGCCACUCGACCUAUCAGUCAUAUUUCAGGGAACAAUCAAGGCUUGCUAUUCACGACAAUACUUUCCGGAUAUCAUCAAGCUUUUCUCCCAGACGGCCACUCUGCACCAGGGCUCAUUUCGUGCAGGUCCUGAUACCGAGUACAAGUUCCAUUUCGCCAUGGCAUUCCCCGAGACGACGGAUCCGCGCGAAAGCGUUGCGCUCACUAUGAGGCAAGGUGCAGACGGAUCGGUGGAGUACAGACGACAUGUUACUGGUGUUGCCGUUGAGGAGUUGCCUCCGACCCUCUCAUCGACACUUAACAAGAAUGAUUCAAACCUCAUGGGACCUGGUUCUGGAACUGCGUGGAGUGUCGAUGUGUGCUACUCGCUUGCAGCGAGCAUCAAGGUGCCAGGUAUCGAUGUCAAGGUGGUCAAUCACUCCGAGGGUGUCGAGUUACUCUAUCAGCAGCCAAAAGUCCCCCCGGCUCUAUUGACGGCUUUCUCCUCGGAUGAAAAUGUUGAAUUGAGGAUGGACGCUCAAGACGACAGCCUUGUGCCAGAACAUGCGAGGCCUCGGGGAUUCAGGAGCAAGACCAAGGCAUUCCUCAACCCAACCAUACCUCCAAAGUACAUGUUCGAUCUGGGAAUUUCUCAAGUCCCAAAGCACAUCUUYGCAGGACAGCAGAUAACCUUCUAUCUACACACCAAUGAAAGGCGGGAUGACGGGCUCAUGCUGGUCAGCCCUCCAAUCACACUGGACUCCAGCAUCAUCACGCUGAUUGCUCAUACGUACGGCAAAGACACCGCUACGGGCAAGAGCAGCGCCAACCACGAGGUCAUCAUGGAGCGAAGACACAWCGCUGUUGUGCCUGCUGGCCCAUUCCAAAACGGUCGCGAGCAUCGCAAGCUUGUCAGCGCAGGUGUUCUGGCUGAGAUUCCUUCCUCUUUCGCUCAYGCCAACAUCCAGCGGUCCUACACGCURCGAAUUGCGCUACAAUUGCUUGUGGCAGGCCAAGUUGUCAGUCGCAAGCGGGACUUCAAGGUUGUCGUUCAUCCGCCUGUUGAUGAUGGACCAAGUAUUGCGGCUGGUUUGGAUCAUUCUGUAGAGAAUGAGGUUGCUAACGAUGACGCGCCUCCUGCUUACGAAGAAGCGAUUGCAGGCUCGGGUGGUAUCCAGGAAAUGCCGCCUAGUUGGGAGGAAGCUCAGAAUGGGACUGUUCUACAAAGUUCCGUGGAAGGCCGUUGA